AUGGGGAGACUGCCGAACUUCAGGCGGACCAUCGCCGACCAGUGGAUGACGAUCAGCAUCGUGCUGCUGUGCAUGGUCAUCGGAAGUGUUUGGGCCAACCCGGACGCCAAGCGAUUGUACGACGAUCUGCUCAGCAACUACAACCGAUUAAUACGACCCGUCAGCAAUAACACCGACACGGUGCUGGUGAAGCUGGGCCUACGGUUGUCACAGCUGAUAGAUCUGAAUCUUAAAGAUCAGAUUCUUACCACUAACAUCUGGCUCGAGCAUGAAUGGCAGGACCAUAAAUUCAAAUGGGAUCCCGCCGAGUACGGCGGUGUCACCGAGCUGUACGUGCCUUCCGAACACAUCUGGCUGCCGGAUAUUGUGCUUUACAACAACGCCGAUGGAGAGUAUGUGGUAACAACGCUCACGAAAGCCAUUCUCCAUUAUACUGGAAAAGUCAUCUGGACACCGCCUGCAAUUUUCAAGUCCUCAUGUGAAAUCGAUGUUCGGUAUUUUCCAUUCGAUCAACAGACGUGCUUCAUGAAAUUUGGCUCGUGGACGUACGACGGCAAUCAGAUUGACCUGAAGCACAAAAAUCAACUGAACAACACCGACAACAUGGUGAAGAUUGGAAUCGAUUUGCGCGAGUACUAUCCCAGCGUGGAGUGGGACAUCCUCGGGGUGCCGGCAGAGCGCCACGAGAAGUACUAUCCCUGCUGCGCGGAACCGUAUCCAGAUAUUUUCUUCAACAUCACCCUACGGCGCAAGACGCUGUUCUACACAGUGAACCUGAUCAUUCCGUGCGUCGGCAUCUCGUACCUGUCGGUGCUGGUGUUCUAUCUGCCGGCCGACUCGGGCGAGAAGAUUGCAUUAUGCAUCAGCAUUCUGCUGUCGCAGACCAUGUUCUUCCUGCUGAUAUCGGAAAUCAUCCCGUCGACCUCGCUGGCGCUGCCCCUGCUCGGCAAGUAUCUGCUCUUCACGAUGAUACUGGUCGGGCUGAGCGUCGUGAUCACCAUCAUCAUCCUCAACAUACACUACCGGAAGCCGAGCACUCACAAGAUGGCGCCGUGGGUGCGGAAGUUCUUCAUACUGCGCCUGCCCAAGCUGCUACUGAUGCGGGUCCCGAACGACCUGCUGAAGGAGCUGGCAGCGAACAAGAUUAACUACGGGAUAAAAAUCAGCAAGAGUAAGUUCGGUGCAGCCCUGGCCGCCCACUCGCAGAUGCAACCGAACUCGGGCGGCUCCAGCCCGGACUCCAUUCGGCACAUGCAGGGACGCCCGGGCGGAUGCAACGGGUUGCACUCGACGACGGCCACUAAUCGGUUCAGCGGGCUGGUGGGCGCCCUAGGCGGAGGCUUAAGUGGGCUCGGCGGCUACAAUGGGCUGCCGUCGGUCAUGUCGGGCCUAGACGAGUCGCUCAGCGACGUGGGGACGCGCAAGAAGUACCCGUUCGAGCUGGAGAAAGCCAUCCACAAUGUGAUGUUCAUACAGCAUCACAUGCAGCGGCAGGAUGAAUUCAACGCGGAAGAUCAAGACUGGGGCUUCGUGGCGAUGGUUUUGGAUCGUUUGUUUUUAUGGUUAUUCACGCUGGCAUCGUUAUUCGGCACAUUUGCGAUCCUGUGCGAGGCCCCAUCGCUCUACGACGACACCAAACCGAUUGACAUCGAGUACUCCAUUAUCGCCCAGAAGCUGUUCAAUCUUACCGUCAAGGAUACGCGCUCCUAAAGGCCGACGUUUGGUUAGCGGACGAUUGGUUUUAAUU